AUGCCCAUCCUGGACAAAGUGUCCCAGAAGGUGGCUACGAAAAUGGCCAGCAGUGAGGAGGAGCCUGAGCUGCCCAAGCUGCCAGUGCCCCCUCUGCAGCAGACACUGGCUACCUACCUGAAGUGCAUGCAGCACCUGGUGCCCCAGGAGCAGUUCCAGAAGAGCCAGGCCAUCGUACAGCGGUUCGGGGCCCCUGGUGGCCUGGGCGAGACCCUGCAGCAAAAACUCCUGGAGCGGCAGCAGAAGACAGACAACUGGGUGUCUGAGUACUGGCUUCAUGACAUGUAUCUCAACAACCGCCUGGCUCUGCCUGUCAACUCCAGCCCAGCUGUCAUCUUUGCCCGGCAGCACUUCUACGACACCAAUGACCAGCUCAGGUUCGCAGCCAGCCUCAUCUCUGGGGUGCUCAGUUACAAGGCCCUGCUGGACAGCCACUCCAUCCCCACGGACUGUGCCAAGGGCCAGUUGUCUGGACAGCCCCUCUGUAUGAAGCAGUACUACGGGCUCUUCUCUUCCUAUCGGCUCCCCGGCCACACCCAGGAUACCCUGGUGGCCCAGAAGAGCAGUGUCAUGCCAGAACCCGAGCAUGUCAUCGUGGCCUGCCGUGAUCAGUUCUUCGUCUUGGAUGUUGUCAUAAAUUUCCGCCGUCUCAGUGAGGGGGAUCUGUUCACUCAGUUGAGAAAGAUAGUCAAGCUGGCUUCCGGCGAGGACCAGCGCCUGCCUCCCAUCGGCCUGCUGACGACAGACGGGAGGAGCGAGUGGGCCGCAGCCAGGACAGCCCUCGUGAAAGACUCCACCAACCGGGACUCGUUGGACAUGAUUGAGCGCAGCAUCUGCCUCGUGUGUUUGGAUGCGCCAAGCGGCGGGGACCUCAGUGACACCAGCCGGGCGUUGCAACUGCUUCACGGCGGAGGCUGCAGCAAGAAUGGAGCCAACCGCUGGUAUGACAAGUCCCUGCAGUUUGUGGUGGGCCGAGACGGCACAUGCGGCGUGGUGUGUGAACACUCCCCGUUUGACGGCAUCGUCCUGGUACAGUGCACGGAGCACCUGCUGGCACACAUGAUGCAGAGCGGCAAGAAGCUGGUGCGCGCAGACUCAGUCAGUGAGCUCCCGGCCCCCAGGAGGCUGCGGUGGAAGUGCUCCCCGGAAAUCCAAGGCCACUUGGCCUCCUCAGCGGAGAAGCUUCAACAAAUAGUCAAGAACCUCGACUUCGCUGUGUACAAGUUCGAGGGCUAUGGGAAGACGUUCAUCAAGAAGCAGAAGUGCAGCCCUGAUGCCUUCAUCCAGGUGGCCCUCCAGCUGGCCUUCUACAGACUCCACGGGAGACUGGUGCCCACCUACGAGAGUGCGUCCAUCCGCCGCUUCCGCGAGGGCCGCGUGGACAACAUCCGAUCGGCCACCGCGGAGGCCCUGGCGUUUGUGAGAGCCGUGGUGGACCACAAGGCUGACAUUCCGGAUCAGGAGAAGCUGCAGCUGCUGAGAGACGCCAUCCGCGCCCAGACGGAGUACACCGUCAUGGCCAUCACAGGGAUGGCCAUUGAUAACCACCUGCUGGCACUACGAGAGCUGGCCCGCGACCUGUGCAAGGAGCCGCCAGAGAUGUUCACAGACGAGACCUAUCUGAUGAGCAACCGGUUUGUCCUGUCCACCAGUCAGGUGCCCACCACCAUGGAGAUGUUCUGUUGUUACGGUCCUGUGGUCCCCAAUGGUUACGGGGCCUGCUACAACCCACAGGCCGAAGCCAUCCUCUUCUGCAUCUCCAGCUUCCACAGCUGCAAGGAGACAUCCUCUUCGGAGUUUGCCAAAGCCAUGGAGGCAAGCCUGGCCGACAUGAGAAACCUCUGCAGUGCACCACAGCCUGCCCCAGGCCAGCCACCUGCAACCAAGGAAGAAGGCCCAAGACCACGCGGGCCCCAGCGUGUCCAGUGA